AUGACUGGACUACAGUCUGUUGCGCAGAAAACUGGCAUCAAACUGUACGAGAAUGUGUCGAACAUACGGGAUGAUAUGCAGCAAUGUCAUGUGACUACCACGAAACGGUUACUUGAAAAGCAGUCCUCGAUAAUUCGGCAGCUAGAUGAAGUAGCUCAGAUCGAGUCAAACAACUUCACAGAGCAAAUGAACACGCUCAACGGGAUUCGGAUGCUAGCAGAAGCGAUACCUGUGAGGCACACAACGGCCGUCAACGAGCUGGACGAACUCAGAUCAAUCCCAGCUUCGAUGCGCGUAGGCGAGGGACAUCUGCGAUCGGGUACUACUCUUCAAGCACCUACAACCGAUGUCCUAAGGAGGGUACUACGAGCAGAGCUGAAACGGGUCGCGGACCGGGACCAGGCUUCUUUCUCACUGUUGCAUGUGAUCGCAUUCUCAGUGUAA